ACUGUUUGAAAUGAACAGUGAACAAGCCAAUCAGCAGCCUUCGCGCCUUCUAGUCACUGGUGGUUAACCCAUAGAGGGAGGGAGAACGAACGCUACGUCAAACGUUAUCACCGUCCGUUUUUUAAAUAUAAAACUCAAUUUAAUAAUUCCUCGUUUUAUCAGGGAAUAUCUAAUGAGUUUUACUCAUUUAAAUUACUCCCGUCAUAAUAAGGUCAAUGAAGAUGCCUACUGUGAAGUAUCAGAGAGGGGACAUGGUGAUGGGCCGCUGGCCUGGCAGCAACCUAUAUUAUGAGGUGAAGGUGCUUGGCUUGGAUGCCAAAAGUCAGCUUUACACCGUCAUUUACAAGGAUGGCACUGAGCUGGAGCUCAAGGAGCAAGACAUCAAGAGUGCUGCCGGUUUCCAGUCCCGCUCUCGCUCUCGUUCUCGAUCACCAAGCCGUCGACGCAGCCGGUCCCGGUCUCCAGCAAGGACCACGCGGCGCUCGUCCUCCCGCACAGCGGCGGCUGUCGCUGCUGCAGCUAUAACGGAGAGUGCACCGUCUUCCCGCAGGGAUGCAAAGCUGAAGGAUUCAGUCGAAGUCAGGCUCAGUCCCCUGCAACAGACAAAGGCAGCUGAGAACAAUAGCAACAAUAAGCAUGAAAAGAAAGAGGAGAACAACACUGCUAACGAAGUAAAUGAAAAGUCAGAGGCUGUGGCAGAGGCAGUGCCGGAGAAGAACCAAGGCCGUUACAAUCUGCGGCGCAGGAAGGACGAUGGAGAUUUCAAAUCAGUUGAGGCAAAAGUAGAGCAGCUGGAGGAGAAGGAAGCCAAGCUGGCUGCAGCUACACCCCCCUCCACCCCACUGGACUUUGGAGGGAAGAUAGGUGCUUACUUCUGGCUGCUCUUCCUGCCAGCCUGGGUUCUCUUCUUGUUACUCCAAGUCAACCUGGAGGACCCCAGCCUAGCCAACUUCCCCCCUCCUCUGCCCCCUCUUGAAGCCUUCUGGGAUGUGCAGGCUCUUGGCUUUGUUAUCCUCUGGAUAUUAUUCCAGGCCGUGCUCUACAUCCUGCCUGUUGGAAAGCUGAGUGAGGGCAUGCCGCUGCGCUCUGGGGAGAGGCUGAAGUACAGAACUAAUGGUUUCUUUGCCAUCGUGGUGAGUUCUGUAGCGGUUGCAGCUGCGAUGCACAAGGGUUUUGACCUUACAUACAUCCAUAGCCACUUUCUGCAGCUGACAGCGGCCUCCUUUAUCAUCUCCAUCUUGCUCAGCACCUACCUGUAUGUCCGCUCUCACUACGCUGCUCCAGAGCAGCUGGCACUGGGGGGAAGCUCUGGCAAUGUGGUUUAUGACUUUUUCAAAGGACAUGAGCUCAAUCCUCGAAUCAAAAACUUUGAUCUGAAAUUCUUCUGCGAGAUGCGCCCUGGUCUGAUUGGCUGGUGUUUGAUCAACUUUGCGAUGGCGCUUGCUGAGAUGAAGCAUCAGGGUUUGAAUGCUCCCUCUCACUCCAUGAUCCUUGUGAACCUCUUCCAGCUGCUCUACGUGGUGGAUGGCCUCUGGAACGAGGAGGCCAUCCUGACCACCAUGGACUUGAUGCACGAUGGUUUUGGCUUCAUGUUGGCGUUUGGUGAUCUGGUGUGGGUGCCCUUUACUUACACCCUGCAGGCUUACUACCUGGUGAGCUGGCCCAACCCUCUGAGUCUCCCUGCACUCGGGGCCAUCGUCACACUGAAACUUGUUGGCUUCUACAUCUUCAGGAAGUCCAACUCUGAGAAGAACGCCUUCAGGAGAAACCCAUCAGACACCAGACUGUCUCAUCUGAGGAAUAUCCCCACAGCCACAGGGAAGAGUCUGCUGGUGUCUGGCUGGUGGGGUGUGGUCCGCCACCCUAACUACCUGGGAGACCUUCUGAUGGCUUUGGCCUGGUCCCUGCCCUGCGGCUUCAGCCAUCUCCUGCCGUGGUACUACAUGAUCUACUUUAUCAUCCUGCUCGUGCACAGAGACUCCCGCGACAUGAGCGAGUGCAGGAGGAAGUACGGCUCAGCGUGGGACGAGUACUGCCGAACGGUUCGCUACCGGAUCAUUCCCCGCGUCUACUGAGGACCCUGCCACUGGACUCCUGAGCUGAGGCCUUUUUCAACCCAGUAUUACGUCUGUGAAGGCUCAACACAAACACUCGAUAUGGAUAGAUUGACUGACUGAUUUGACUUUUAUAAUCCUUUUUACCAAGACUUUUUCAAAUCUUCAUUCUGGACUAAAGAAGCUACAGUACUUUUAAUGUUUUGAUGGAAGAAAAAAUGCCACAUAUGGACUAUUUGAAGAAUUGCCUUUUUCAUUUUAAUAUAGACUUUAUUACAAAAUCUGGGGGGAAAGAUAAAAUUGCCUCUGCUUGGAAUGGCUUGUUAAGAUGUAUAUUUUUGUAUAUACACAUUUGUUUUUAUACUUCAAGAAUAUUUCACCAUUUGCAUAGUUUUGGUAAGUUUGGCUUCACAUUCAAAAUGAUACAAUAUCGGCUUGGCUUGUAUGAAUAAUUGUGUAAGUACACCUUCCGUUUAUAAUUCUCCUGCUUGUGUAUAUUGUAAAAGGAUCUUUUGUUUAAUAACCUGCACAGUGGAACUAGUGUUCUUUCUCAGGACCUAGAACUUUGUCAGAAAGUUCAAUUAGAGAAGUUUGUCUUAAUAAUUUUGUUGUAUCUUUUUAUUCAGAUAUCUAGUUUUGAGUUGAGCGUGUAAAAGGAUUUUGGAGGGUUCAAGAAAAAUGCACUUAUAUGAUCAAUCCCAAAGUGUAUUGGAUUUGGCUUUUCUACCUCAGGUUCGCUCACUCUGCAGGUGUUCCUCCUGUGGGAGGCAGUGUGUGUAAUUAUGAGCGUGAUGUCACUGCUUCAGAAAGAAAUAUUAAUCCAACAAUAACUUGUGUAUCUGCCAUGAACCUUAACCCUUCCAAACUUUAGAAAUGGUUUAAUCAGUGCCAUGUAUUUUGUUUUGCUAUAUUCUGGAGGAUAUUCUCUAUUAUGAACUGCUUUUCCCAUCACUGCCACAUGAACUUGGUUUUAAGCUUUUACUUGUAUGGCAAUUUUAAUGAUGGUUAUAUUCUGACAACAUGGAGAGAUGUCAGAAGAUACAGAAAAUACUUUGGGUUACCCAAAUGCAGUUUGUAGCAUUUACAAACUGCAUUUGGGAAACCAAAAGUAUUUUCUGUCUGUGCAGCUGUAGACGAGUACAUAAGUAGCAAUAUAUUAACUAGACUAGGUAGUAUUUUCUUAUGCUGUGCUGACUGAAUACCAUGUAAAUACCUUAAAAAACAUGUUUUUUUGUUUUUAUCCUGUUAUUUUCCAGUAAAAGCUAUGACUAGUGAUAAUAGUAAUGUUUCUCAUUAGAUGUUUAAUAUUGCUUUUAAUUUUUUAAGUUAACUGCGUAAUUUUGACCACUGUAGUAAUGUUUACACCUAGAUCUGCCAUGUUUCUUGACAAUACUUCAAAAUGUAUUAAACACGCAUGUGGAAUGGUCUGUAACUA